AUGCAUAUCAGUGUGAAAAGUAGAUUCAAUGAGAGCAGCGGGUCAAACUCCAACUUUAAACUAGGAGAGCUGAUCAAGCAACUCAGUAGAAAUAUAGUUGUUGGCGAAGACAAAGAGAGGAUAUUUUUGCAGCAAAAAUAGCAAAGUCACCAACUAUAAGCAAAUAACUCGUAGCCUAAUUUACAAAAAUUUCACAAAUAGUAAAAACAACUAAUGUAGACAUCAACAAGUUUCGGGAAAAGUUAGAAUGGCUAGACUAUUCAAAAUCAAUAGCAAACUUUAUACAGCUCUCUGAUGGGGGAUAAAAAGAGAAGUGAGAGUGAUUUAAACUAGCAAUACUUUGGCAAAUAUCCUGAUAUGUCAGACAAGCUAUUCAAGUUAAGAUCUAAGUCAAAGGCUUAAGAAGGGGCAAACACUAUGACAAGUGGGUUUAAUACUGAAUUCUCUGAGUAAGAUGUAAAGCAAAUGUUUCAGUUACCUAAAUUGGCAUACAAACUUAAAAGAGAAGCUGAGAAAACUGCUUAGUAGCCAAAGGAAGUAUCAAAGAUAGAGGAGCUAAAUGCGAUGAAAAUAGAGUUAAAAAAGAGUUAAAGCUAAUUGAACAUGCCCAGAUUUUAUUUGCUUAAGGAAUGA